AUGAGAUUAAACGAUAAUAAGGUAGACUUUAUGUCAGUAAGAAAGAUUAUAAUAGUGAGAGAACCCCCACAAUGUAUAAAUCCAUUAGGAAUGGAAUCCGGUGCAAUCUCAGAUGCAGACAUUACUGCAAGUUCUAGUUUCGAUAGUGGAAAUGUGGGACCACGUCAAUCGAGACUGAGGACCGAGAAUCAUGGAGGAGCCUGGUGUCCUAAAGACGAAAUUACCAGUGAGCCUCGUGAAUGGCUUGAAAUCGAUUUGCAUUCUGUACAUGUGAUCACUGGUACAAAUACUCAAGGCCGUUUUGGAAAUGGAUUGGGAGUUGAGUACGCAGAGGGUUAUUUGUUAGAAUAUUGGCGCCCGCGGCUCGGUAAAUGGGUACGGUACAGAGACAUCAAAGGAAAGGAGAUCCUUAAAGGAAAUACAAAUACCUAUUUAGAGAACAAGCAUGAAUUAGAUCCACCAUUGUGGGCAAGUAAAAUAAGAUUUUUUCCCUACAGUAAUCAUCGGCGAACUGUUUGUAUGCGAGUUGAGUUAUACGGGUGUCUUUGGACGGAUGGUAUAGUGGCUUACUCGAUGCCCCAAGGCGACACGAGAGGAAAUGAAUGGGAGUUCUUUGAUGCAAGUUACGAUGGCCACUGGGAUGGGGAAUUACGUCGUGGUUUAGGACAAUUAGUUGAUAGCAAAAUUGGACCGGAUAAUUUUAAAAUGGGAUACUAUGAUUCUGCUCGUAGUCAAGGAUGGGUCGCUUGGAGAAACGAUACUCGUGCUAAUGAACCUAUCGAAAUAAAAUUUGAAUUUGAUACUGUACGAGAAUUUGCUGCGGUUCAUCUUUAUUGUAAUAAUCAAUUCAGUAGAGAUGUACAAGUAUUUUCGCAAGUAGAUGUGUUAUUCAGUAUUGGAGGAACUUAUUUCAGUGGUGAACCGAUUGUUUAUACAUACAUGGAGGAUAAAAUAUUCGAAACUUCACGUAAUAUUACAAUUAAACUUCACCACCGUGUUGGAAAAUUCAUAAUAUUACGUCUCCACUUUUCAUCAAAAUGGAUUAUGCUUAGCGAAGUUAUAUUUGAUUCUGAUAUAGCUCACGGUAAUUUUACACCAGAAGAAUUUGUGACAACAGAUUUAUCAUCACUGCCAGACGAGUUUUUUAUAAACAAUAAAAAUGCAGUAUCAGACAGUGAACUUCCAGUAUUAACAGCCCAGCAUGAUGAUCCUACAUAUAUGGCAGUGGUAAUUGGUGUUCUUACAGCAAUAAUUUUAUUAUUAGCUGUAGCAAUAUUUUUUAUCGUAUCACGGCAUAGACAGCGUAAAUGUUUUGCAAGUCCUGUAGCAGUAAAAGUUCCUUCGCAUCUUGGGUCAACGUGUGCGACUGUUGAAAAAGGAGCCGCACUAAUGGCUUACACAUUAGAAGAAGACGAAGGACGAUACGCUGGUGGUGGCACAACUUCAACAUUACCGCGUGAACUUGACAAUCGACUUUUAGACCUCGUUAAAUUAGAUGAGUACCAAGAGCCUUAUCAAGCUCUUAAAUAUGCUCCGUACUACAGCUACAGCACUAUUAUUAUGGAAAUGAAGGAUAUGAUGUUGAACAAUAUGGGCACUGGUAUCAAUUACGCUGCCGUUCCAGAGGUCGUAACGGUCCCUCUUCUCAAUCCCGAGGGCACCUUUUCAACACAUGAAAUUCCAUCUAGUUCUGUUUCUAGUGUAAGUGCCAGCGACGAUCAAGACAUACCAUUAUUCCCACGGCACCGGCUACGAAUGCUUUCUAAACUUGCCGAGGGAGCAUUUGGAUCGGUCUAUGUAGCUGAAGCUGAAGGGAUUCCAGAGUAUGGUACUAAUUCUAAUACACUUGGCAAAAGACUUGUCGCUGUGAAAUUUUUACUGCCUGAUGCCAGUGAAAAAGAA